GGCAGGGAAUAUAAACACUGGCUCAGUGGAGCAGACAACAUAGUAGUCAUUGACAGUGGGUUGAAUGAAAUAUAUGGACCCCCGAAGUACACCGUCAGAAAGUGAAUCAAUUCCCCUCUAAGUUAAUAAGUUAUCUUAAGGAGACUGAAUUUGCUUUGCCUCUUUGACCGUUUGGCUGCCGUUUUAUAUGCUGGGGGAACAUGGCUGCGGCUGCUCUGGGAAUUUUACAAGACGAUCCUUCGACAGUGUUUGAAGGUGAUGCAUUGCUCAACGAGUUCUUAGUGAAGAGCGAGCCAGACUUCUUCAUGAACACGCCGAACACGGUGGAGAAUUGGCAAGAGACACAGAUAGAGUUGGACAGGUAUCUUCAGAGGACUGAAGCAGCAAGUCCAGGUACAAUCUUAGCCAACAAGCUCAGAAGGGAGAGUGCAUCGCUCAUGGAUGACUUCUUCGAUGACACCGACUCCAAGUUUGCCUUCAACAUCAGCGGGAACUUUAACGUUGUCUUCCCCCACAUGCAUCAUUACCACGAAGCAGAUCCACAGCAGGGCAUCAAGGCAGAACCCUUCCAACAUCAGGAGAUGCAGCAGCAGCACCCAUGCAGCAUCGACCAAGGCUCCUGCGCCAUGAAACAACACCAGGACAGUUACUGUAACAUGCCCCCCUCGCCCAUGGAAGACCUCAACAAUAACUACCCACUCUGUAUAAACGGUGUCUCCAUCAAGACUGAACCACAGGACACUUUUCCCUCCCAGUGUAAAUUAAUGUUGUCCAAUAUGCACAUAAAGUCAGAGCCAAUGACACAGCAACAACAACACUACACAGAAAUGACACCCAACUGUAUGUCCACAUACCCAUCAGGGUUAAACUUUCAGCCCAUUGCGCCCCAAACCCAGUUUAACCAGCAACCUUUUACAAACUCUGUUUUUGGGAUGCCCCCAACACCGCCCCAUUCCCAGCCGGGUUCGCCUGCUGAUCUACCCAUGGAGUACAGUAAUCACCCUCUUCGACCGCCUCCUCCACCUUACACCAUGGCAAUCAUGGGCAAGCAGGAGGACAAGACACCAAAGUACAACAGAAAAACCAACCCUGAGCUGGAGAAGAGGAGAAUACACUUCUGUAACUAUCCUGGUUGCAUCAAAGUAUACACAAAGUCCUCCCAUCUGAAGGCCCAUCAACGCAUCCAUACUGGAGAGAAACCCUACUACUGCUCCUGGAAUGGUUGUCAGUGGAGGUUUGCUCGUUCCGAUGAGCUAACCCGGCACUACCGUAAGCACACUGGUGAUAAGCCCUUCAAGUGUAAGGUAUGCGAACGUUGCUUCUCGCGUUCAGACCACUUGUCCCUUCACAUGAAACGACACCAGGAGAAGUGCACCAAGAGUCCGGUGUCGUCGAGUUAGAAAGAAGUUACACAGUAGCAGUACAUCCAUAUUUGUUUUGAAAAAAGACAAACUGUUUUAUACCAUUUCUAGAGAAUUCAAUAAUGGUUAACUGGUUCAGCCGUCGAUUUCACCUAACUUUUCCUAACUUAGGAUUAAUCUCUUCCUAACUUAGGAUUAAUCUUGGGACAAGUUCAAUUAAAAAGGUUUCAAAAGGAUUGAAACAAUUGUAUUUUUCAUAGUUCCACUUCUUUAUUUGUACAGUUCUGUAAAUUGUAAAUACGAUCCAUAGGAAAAUAACACUAGUAACUGACAAACUUUCACAACUCAACUGUUGGGUAUGUUAAUUCUAUUGAGUAUUCCAAUUUUUGUAUGAACAUGAAAAUGAAUAAUUGAUCUCUUAAAUUAUGUACGGUCUUCAACUGUCUUGAAGGAACUAUUUACUAACUGAUUUCAUUUACUGCCUUUGAAUGAAUAUUUUGAAUCUAUGCAUACAUUGACUAUAGGCACUGCUGCUCAUGUACCUGUUCUGUCUUUUAGAUGAGCUUUAAAUCAGAAACUCUGAAAAUAUGGAAAGUUACAAGCUCCUGAAUUAAGUACAACAGGUUCUUUUUCUGCGGUUUUGAGCUGGCUUUUAAGCGUAUUUACACAUAGCUUGGUAUUAAUGUGAUAACAAAUUGAUGUUAUCCAGGGCGCUACACGAACAUUGGUCUUUGUCAACACAGAGAUUGAGCUCAUAAUCAGGAAAACUUCCUGCACUAAAGAUUACAAAUCUCACUCUGAAACUAACUAUCAACCAAAAUGUGACGUCUCUAACUCUACCCUACUUCUCAGACUUCAAUCAUUUUUGAUGGAUAGUAUGUUAUGUCUAUCAAAACUCAAUGUUAUCACUAGUGGGAAUGAAAGAGGGCCUUUUACUUCACCAGUGGGUAUAUCAUAGUACAAGUAACCUUUUACUGUAGUAACCUUUGUACAUAGGUUUAAAUGCAAGAACAAAGUAUGGAAUUUAGACUCCUUCAUAGCCAUGCAUGUACUUUGAUUACAGGGGAGAAAAGAGGGAAAAGGUUUGUUUAUAGGAAUGUCAAUACUAUUAUGAAUUCAAGUGAUAAAACGCUUAAUCUGAUCCAGUAAGACUUCUAUAUCAUAACUUCAGCUUACUUUGUUAAUGUAAAAGAGUGAAAAAGAACUCUUUGAAGAGCCGUAUAGGGACAACUCUUUUUCGAGUGGUCUUCCACU